AUGAGUGGUUUUGAAGUAGUAGGUGUUGUUCUCGGUGCUCUCCCCAUGAUCAUCGGCGCUAUCGACAAGUAUAAAGCCACGAGUCAGCGGUUCAGGUUCUUCCGAUUCAAGGAACCUUUCAUCGCACAAUUGAUCCAGUCACUUCAGGAACAGAGGUUUUUUCUCGAGACAGACCUUCAAGUGAUCUUGAAAGAAACUCACCUGGAAGAUGAGGAGAUCGCUGUUUUGCUCAAGCAGUCGAACUCCUCGCUCUUUGAGGACCCCGAAGUUGCACACGCCGUUCAGGAAUAUCUUGGAGACGGAUACGAGCCAUAUACAAUAGCCGUGACUAGGUGCCAGGAGGUUCUUACAGAAAUUGCCGGACAUAUACGUGGCUUGGCAUCGGAUUCGCAGAUCAAUCUUGCCACUCUUGUACAAACACACUCUCUGAGAAAAAGGUCACACGAGAUUACUAAGAAAAUAAAAUUCAGUCUUGAGAAGCAGGACCUUGAGAAUCGAAUCAAUGAUCUCAAGGAUGCUACGCAGACAUUAUGCCGAGUCAGGGAUUCCAGUGUUUUAAGAACGGAGGUAACUGUUCAAUCAACGUCUCGGACAGUUGCCAAAUUCACAUCUACAAUGAAUGCGGUUCGCGAAUACGCUCAUUGUUUAUAUUCAGCAAUAUCCCUGGGAUAUGGGGUGGGUUGCCACCAAGAGCAUAAGGCACGGCUAUUCCUUGAAAGCCGAGCAAGGUUGAUGGAAAAGAAAACGCAGCGUAGCUUGAAGAGAUCACCAGUUGACUUCAAUGUGGCCUUGGAGCCAUCGGAUAACCCUGUUCUGUGUUAUAAAACCGACAUCAAGGUCAUGGAAGAAGAAGUGGCCUAUUCUUGCCUCGGAGCUCCUCCAACAGAUAUAUCCACUCCUCAAGUCACCAUCAGUUUGCCUAAUCAACCAGAGCCCGCGCAUCCUCCACCUAGCAGAGUUCACGACCUUUGUCAGUCAAUAUCCCAGGCACAAAACAACGGAGAGUCUCUCGGUCUCUAUCUAGCCCGGCCUGGAUGUCUUUAUCACCGUCAUAUGCCCUCAGAAACUAAAGUCGCGGCCAUGUCCAAGGAGUUCUUUUCGCUGGAUCAGAUUCUCGAUGCCCAAUCGAAACCAAAACCAGACUUUCCACCUUGGACACUAAACCAGCGAAUGGCAUUGUCAUUCAGGAUCGCAUCAUCUGUAAUGCAGUUGCUCUCAACACCAUGGUUAUACCUUCCCUUGACAAGUUCAUCAAUCUGUUUCUCACAAAAUGAUCAACUGGCAAGAACUUCUGCGACCCAACCAUUCGCCGACAUGCCCCAACCAUUCAUUACUCAUCGCUUCUCCUGCCAAAUGGUCAACUCGGGUUGUGGCUGUAACUCUAAACGAUCCCUUCUUGAGCUCGGUAUCAUCCUCCUCGAGCUAUGGCACGGACGAACAUUAUCCUCCUACGCCGCUGAAGUUCAGAUGCCAGUUGAUAACUCCUUCGGAGGCCGGUAUAAUGCAGCACGCAGGUGGCUUGAUAUCAGUGCAUACUACGUCUUGCCGUUCUAUCUCGAGAUCGUGACCAGGUGUGUUGAGUGUACGUUCGCGACGAGCUCCUCAACACCAGAUUGGAAUGACCUCGUUUUCAGAAAGUCUGUCUGUGAGUAUGUCUUGAAACCUCUGUGGGAUAAUUGUCCAAUAAAACUUCGAUGA